GCUCUCCCUCCCUUUAAAACCUUCCAUAAUUGUCCACAAUACUCCUCAAUCCUCUCUCCCAUCUUUCUAGUUAUGGAGAUUUGUAUCAAAUUUUCUGAUCCAACCAACCACUCACUCUCACUAUACUCUUGACUCUUCUCAACUCUCUGCAUUCUCUUCCAAUCAACCGUCUACUUUCUCUAGAUCCAUUGUUAAUUCAACUUCAAGCUUGUUGUUAUUUCUUUUCUUCAUAGUUGUGUAAAAUCCGAUUCAAAAUCUCAAUUUAAAAAAUGGGUUAUAGAGCAGAUGAUGAUUACGAUUACUUGUUCAAAGUAGUUUUGAUAGGAGAUUCUGGAGUUGGUAAAUCAAAUUUGCUAUCCAGAUUCACACGUAAUGAGUUUAGUCUUGAAUCUAAAUCCACUAUUGGCGUUGAAUUCGCUACUCGGAGUAUUAGGGUUGAUGAUAAAGUCGUUAAAGCUCAAAUUUGGGAUACUGCUGGCCAAGAAAGGUACCGCGCAAUCACUAGUGCUUAUUAUCGAGGUGCAGUUGGGGCGUUACUCGUUUAUGAUGUCACUCGUCAUGUUACAUUUGAGAAUGUUGAGAGAUGGUUGAAAGAGCUCCGAGAUCAUACAGAUUCUAACAUUGUGAUCAUGCUUGUGGGAAAUAAGGCAGAUUUAAGGCAUUUGCGGGCUGUUUCCACCGAAGAUGCACAAACAUUUGCUGAGAAAGAGAAAACAUACUUCAUGGAAACUUCUGCUCUAGAAUCAUUGAACGUCGAGGAUGCAUUUACCGAGGUGCUUACACAAAUACACAAAGUUGUCAGCAAAAAAGCUUUGGAGGCUGGCGACGAUCCUGCAGCAGUGCCCAAGGGACAAACCAUUAAUGUGAAAGAUGAUGUAUCUGCAAUGAAAAAAGUCGGAUGCUGUUCAACAUAGUCUGAAGAGUCAAUUGAGCCGAGGCUUGUAAAACUGUGUGAUAUGAAACCGAGUUCAGCUUGAGGAUGCUACUUGAAGCAUCGAUCCCACACCAGAGCUUAUAUCAGCUCGAUUUAUAUAACAGUAUGUAUUACCCUGCUCAUCUCGUGCUAACAUUGCUCAUCUCAUGCUCCAAGAUUCAUUAUAUGCAUUGAUCCAACGAAAUACAAACUUUGUUGUAGUUAAUUUGUAUUUUGUAUGUUCUAUAUUUCUACUUAAUUUACUAUCGGAAGAUUUGGAGCAUUAAACCAUUCGAGAAUGUUACUAAAGUUUUAUUGAUGUUAUUUAUAUGAAGUACUUGAAGUCGAUUUGGAACCGA